UACGGAAAAGAAAUGAUAACUCCAAACAUCCAUUUAUCACUCCAUAUUGUCGAUUGUUGCCAUGAUUAUGGCCCAUUAUAUUCUUUCUGGUGUUACUCGUUUGAAAGAAUGAACGGAUUAUUAGGUAAAUAUAUAUAUAAAUCUAUACAUGCUGCCCAAAUUAUUUUGGGAUGCCAUAAUUAUAAUUUGGGAUGUCAUAAUUCAUUCAGUUUAUAUAUAAUUUACUAUAUAAAGUGCCAAAAUAAUUUGGGAUGCCAUAAUUGA